UUGUCAGACUGGCCGGCUCACGAUGCAGAUUCUUCCUUCUCUUCUCUUACCUCUCUCAAUUUUCGUCGCAUAUGGUCUAAUGCGCGCCAGACAUUUUUACCAUCUCCCUCGAAUUCUCAAAGAUCUAUCGCUCAUUUAACAGUAUCGCCAUCGCUUGAAGAAACGGGUCAUCUUGUCAAUGGAUCGUCUUCACCUACUCUGCCAAAUGGUCCUUUGCCUGACCACUCUGGGAUUCAAAAUUUACCUGAAACAUGCGACUCAUCACCGAGCUUUGUCGUCGCUUUGCUUAGUCUUUCGGGUCUUGUAGAAGGAUGUCAAAAUUCCAUCGCUACUAAUCUGUAUUAG